CACGAACGGGAAAGCUCUGGGGAUGAAGAAACGUUGGCUUUGCUUAAACGUCAGGGCUUGUUACAGCAACCUGAGCAGGCACCAUUUACUUCCCGAAUGGGGCUCUUACUGGUCUUUCCUCUCAUUCAGUCUCAAAGUAGAACAGACCCUUCUCUCUGUAACAUAACUGCUGAGGUGCUAUUGAAUUGCCUUCGGGACUGCCAGCCUUUGAGUUUGACUAAGGAACCAGCUGACUGUCUUAAUGGAAUAGAAUCACUGCUCUGUUCCUGGCUGGAAGAUACUUCUGUGACAGGCCAGCAGAUUCCAUAUAAGCAAAAAGAAAAUGCAGCUGCUGCCCUGGUUGCCUUGGCUUGUGCAAGGGGAUCGUUGAAAACCUUUGUUCAUACAGUACAUUUGUUGCAGAAACAGACAGAUCUGGGAUCCCUGCCUGUGGCUGAUGUAUUAUACAGGUUGCUGCUUUUAGAAGGGGGACCUGGAUCUCCCUCUUGUUUGUUGGGAGGAAAACACAUAGUAUCUUGGGGGUUUGAAGAUAUGUUACCUGCACCUGAUGCCAACAGUGGUUCUGGCACUGAAAACAAAGAUGCAGAUUUAGGGCGCUGUCUUGCAGCAGAUGGACUCUAUCUUUAUACAACUAAUUCAGUGGGCAGAGGAAUAAGCAAAUUAGGAUCUGGAUUACAUGGUACUUUACGAGGCUUUGUAUACUGUCGUAACGAAGAGCUGGAGGCUGGUUGGGUUGCUUUUGGCAAUGGCAAACUUCUUCAUCGUCCUGUCUCCUUUGAUAAUAAGCCUCACUCCCUUUUCCAGGUCAUUGAUCAGCAUACACUUCAGGUGUGUCAAAUAAUCCCAAUGCCAGUAAAUCACUUCCCAGUUGGCAGCACUAUGACCACCGUGCAUCUUUCUUCAGACGGUACCUAUUUCUACUGGAUUUGGUCUCCUGCGAGCCUCAAUGAAAAAACACCAAAGGGACACUCUGUCUUUAUGGACAUUUUUGAACUCAUAGUAGAAAAUGGUGUAUGCAUAGCAAAUCCUCUACAGGAACGCAUCAUACUAAUGAGAAAAGAGGGAGAGUCUGCAAAGAGUAUUAAUGAAAUGCUUCUGAGUAGGCUUUCAAGAUACAGAGCCUCCCCAUCAGCAACACUGGCUGCACUAACUGGCUCUACCAUCUCCAAUACCCUGAAAGAGGAUCAAGCAGCUGCCAACACUAGUUGUGGGUUGCCACUAAAAAUGUUACGAAAAUCUCCCAUUUACACAUGUGGAACGUAUUUGGUGAUGUUGGUCCCACCCCCUGGUGGAUCAGGCAGCUCUGCUACACGAUCACUGUUUGGUGGUUCAAGUGGUUUGUCAUCACUGAAAAUCCUUGCUUCUAGCUUGGUGUUCAGUAUUUCGGAUGGGCAGUUCACAAGCCGAGCGGAUCUCAUUGAUGCUGCAGGAAGCUCACUUGGACGUGGGGCCCUCGUACCUGGACUUGGUGCAUGUUAUGAUACUAUGAAUAACAUGAUCUGGACAUGCUCUAAUGACUAUAUUGAUCAAUGGUGUAAUCCUGGAAACCAAGCUUUCCAUUAUGUCUGUCAGAGACUAGGAGUUAGCCAUAUCAUUACAGAGCCCAAAGGGGAUGCUAUAACCACAAAUGAGGUUAUCAACCAGUUACUGCACCAUGUUGGUGCCAUGUGCAUCCACCAACUCAAUCUACUUGCAGCCAGUAACAAUCUCCCAGUAACAAAUUUUUUGGGCAAGCAACAUCCAAUUGAAGCACACCAUCUCAGCAGUAUUUGUGACAUCAUGGAGAAAGCCAUGGUUAAUGGAGACACUUGCAUUAUACGCUGCAUCCUUGUUGUCUUUCAGGUGGUUUUAAAAUUUUUCUUCAGCCCCCAAACUGAGAGAAACAGAGACAUUGUUAGAAGAUCUGGCCUGUUACUGUGGCAGUUACUGAUGGCACCAAAGGACCAGAUUUGUUCUGAAAUUCAGAAGGAGGUUUGCCUAGCAAUCAGCUCUGGUUUAAAUAUCCUAUAUCCUGGAGAAGCAGAAAUCAAUAACUUACUUAAGUUGGUCUUAACUGAAGGAGAGAGAAAUAGUGGUCUCUCCCAACUUCGUGAUGUGAUCCUGACUAACUUAGCUGAACAGCUUCAGAACAACAGAUUUGGAAGUGAAGAUGAUGAUCAUUACAGACUAAAUGAUGAGCUGUUGCACUACAUUCUCAAGAUAGUUGUUCGAGAAUCUUGUGUCUUAAUCACCAAGUGCCAAACUGUAUCUAAAGAUGACUUUCAAAAGCUUCUUUCAACUGUGCCUGCUGCGUCUUCAUGCUUGCGGUAUCUGAUGGCCGUACAGAAUCACCUUCUCAGUAAUACUAUAUUGAUUAAACCUGAUGAAAAUGAUGACAGUGACAGCUCCUUGCAGGGAGAGACAUUGAAGGUACAGGAGUUAAAGGCCAGUAUUUUGUCUCUUGCUACACAAAUCCUGACCGGAUGUGAUGAAGUCUUAGAAAUGCUGCAACAAGUCACUACAGCUCUUAUAAAUAGUGACAUUUCUGACAGAGAGCAGAGAUUAAAAGGCCUGGAACAAGUUACUAAGGCAACCAUGCUUGGUCAUUUGCUUCCUGUAUUACUGACAUCCCUGAUGCAUCCAAAUUUACAGACUCUUACCAUGGCUGAUGCACUGAUGCCUCAGCUGGUACAGUUGGUACUUUAUACCAGUCAGACUGCCUUGUUGCUUAAAACUCAGUCUCCAGUUUUUGCGGAAGUGUGCAGUUCCCCCAGUGGUACAUCAGACCAGAAGAGCAAGUUGUUACCUGAUGAGAGAAUGCUAGAAGAGAAAGAGGAACCAGGUUUUCUCACUGGCUUGAAGAUCCCAGCUCCCUGGGCCGCUGGGAAGACUGUAGAAACAGUACAUCCUGUCAGGGACAACUAUAAAUUUAAAGAAACUGUACAUAUUCCAGGAGCCCGAUGUUUAUACCUUAGAUUUGAUAGCAGAUGUUCCUCACAAUAUGAUUAUGAUAAGUUGGUGAUCUAUGCUGGUCCUAACACAAACAGUAGGAAGGUUGCUGAGUAUGGAGGCAAUACACUGGGAUAUGGCAGCCGUAGUGUCUUAGGAACUGGUUGGCCGAAAGACUUAGUAAAGGUCGAAGGAGAUACAGUCACCUUCUCCUUUGAAAUGAGGAGUGGCCGGGAGCACAACACACCAGACAAAGCCAUGUGGGGCUUUGCUUGCACAGUUCGAGCACAGGAAUCCUCGGAAGAUGUGUCAGGAGGCUUACCAUUCUUAGUUGACCUGGCUUUAGGCCUCUCUGUGUUAGCUUGCUCUAUGCUAAGGAUCUUAUAUAAUGGACCAGAAAUUACCAAAGAUGAGGAAACGUGCCACGAGCUUUUAAGAUCUAAACUACUACAGAGAUGCCAAUGGCAGGUGGAGGCAAAUGGUGUAAUAUCUCCAGCCCUCACUCCAAGUCCUUCUCCACUGCCUCUUACCAUAGAUGAAGAUCGAGAAUUCACAUAUCCUUCUGAUGUUCUUGUGCCUCCUGUGGGACACUACUUUGAUCUGCCUAGAAUCAGGCUGCCUCCAGGAAUCAUGAUAAAACUCAGGGAAAUAUCUGGACGUGCUCGGCCCCAGUUUAGACCUAGUAUAAAAGAAGUGAUUCAGCCAGAAGUAAUGGAAGAGAUGGUAGUUUCGUGUGUUAUUAAACAUUUGAACUUGGUUGAUGCACUCCAGUCCCUAAUAAACUUUCAGUAUCAGGAAGAGCAUGCAGAGGAAUAUGACCUUCUGUGUAAAAUUAUGGGAGAGACCUUCAAGAAGCUAAAUGCCAUGGAAAGACAAUUGCAGAGUGUAGCUGAACUGGAACAGAAAUGGCAAAGUGAAGUAGAUGAUGCCAUGCAUGGAAAGCUGGAGAACAAUGUUCCAUUCUUUUAUGAUUAUCAUUUCAAUGAGAGUAAAAUGAAAGAACUGGAACUCUUAUGUUCAAUGAAAGAAGUGUCCUUUGAUGGAAGUGAUCUUGAGAAUGUGGUCCUAGCAUUAAGGGAGAAAUUUUUUCAAGAAGUGAAUUCUUUGGUUCAGAAACCCCCUCAUCCCCUGGCUAAAACAAAAACCUUAGUAAAGAGCCUGAUGAACAGAGCAGAACUACUGCUGCAUGUUACUAUUGCAGCCCAGUCUGGUAUCACAAGAAGUAUAUCCGGUACGCCUGCUGAGACACCAGCCUGUAAGUCAGCAUCUGAAACCAAAGUAAUAACUCACGCUGUCCGUCAGCCUGUCUUCUUGCGAAGCAUGUCAGCACCUUCUGACCUAGAGAUGAUUGGAAAUGAAGAUUUGGAGUUCACUAGAUCAAGUCAGAGACGACGCCAUGUUACCAGUCAUAGGAGUAGCUCUUUUACUCUCCUUCAGUCUUUGACCAUUGAAGACAGCAGAGAUAAACCUACGUACAGUGUCUUAUUAGGGCAGUUGUUUGCUUUCAUUGGAACAAAUCCGGACCAAGCGGUGUCCAGCAGCAGUUUUCUAUUAGCUGCUCAGACCAGGUGGCGUCGUGGGAACACAAGGAAACAGGCUCUAGUUCACAUGAGAGAGCUGCUGACAGCAGCUGUUCGGGUUGGUGGUGUUACACAUCUUGUGGGCCCAGUGACUAUGGUUCUUCAAGGAGGGCCAAGAAUUGAAGAGCUCACUUGUGGCGGGAUGGUGGAACAGGUGCAGGAAGCCUUUGGAGAGACCAUGACUUCAGUGGUUUCAUUGUGCGCUCGCUAUCCCAUUGCCUGUGCAAAUAGCAUUGGCCUCUUGUGCACUAUACCUUAUACGAGGAGUGAAGAGAAGUGUUUGGUUCGCAGCGGCCUGGUACAGCUUAUGGAUCGGCUUUGUAGUCUGAGCAGCCAGACAGAAUCCAGCUCGAAUGAAAAGCAGACCAAGAAACAGAAGGUGGCCACUAUGGCUUGGGCUGCCUUCCAGGUUUUAGCCAAUCGCUGUGUUGAAUGGGAGAAAGAAGAGGGUGGUUCAACAGAGGCUGUUCAUUCUGGUCUGGCUCGUCAGGUCUCCAGCCUUCUUACCAAUCACCUGGCUCGAGCUACAGAGUGCUGUGGUAACCAAGCUGCUGGAAAUGAUGCACUUCAGGAUGUGCUUAGCCUUCUUAAUGACCUGUCAAGGAGUCACAUAGGGAAAGCAAUCUUGAGUCAGCCAGCCUGCGUCUCCAAACUUCUGUCACUUCUCCUGGACCAGCGUCCUUCACCAAAGCUGGUCCUUAUAAUCCUCCAGCUCUGUCGUGCUGCACUUCCUCUCAUGAGUGUUGAAGACUGUGGAAAUGUUGAACUGCCCCCCUGGAGUUAUUCUGUACCCUCCCUGAACAGUGAACAGGACGACCCCAGUGACCCAGCCUCCAAGAUUGCAUCUCUGCUGUUAGCAAAACUGGCAGACUAUGUAGUACCAGGAUGCCAGACUGUUCUUUCUCCAACUGCUUCUGAGCCAGAUACAGCUCUGGCAAAAGCCAGUCCAAAAAAUUCCAUAAAAGGUGAUAAAGAUCCUGGGGAAGAGAGUGAGGCCGUGGAUGGUAAACUUUCUAUUUUUAUUCAUAAACGGGAAGAUCAGUCGUCCCAUGAAGUUCUUCAACCAUUACUGAGUAGUUCAGAGGGUCGGCCGUUCCGGCUUGGUACUGGGGCUAACAUGGAAAAAGUGGUGAAGAUGGACCGGGACAUGACUAAGAGUGGCUGCUGUGAAGUUAUUACAGAAGAGGCAGCUGCCGCUCUUCGAAAGGCAACCAAAUGGGCACAGUCUGGACUAAUUGUCAGUGUCGGGCCCCCCGUUGAAACUGUCAGUCCAGAAACCACUAGUGGCUUGUCAACUGGUGACAAAAAGAAAACUGCUCAAACCUCUAUUUGCAGGGAGAGGAAUUCUGAACUCGCAAGAACGGAUCCUGUAAGACCAUUCAUCAGUGGGCACGUUGCAAACAGUAUGGCAGCAGAGGUGAUUGCUUUGCUUCACAGCUUGCUGAUGGCACCAGAAUCAAAUGCAGCUCAAAUAUGGACCACAACAGCUGAAAAAGUUCUUUCUCGGGCUCUGAUGUACAUUCCACAACUUGGGAAAUAUGCAGAGAGCAUCUUGGAGAAUGGAAGCAGUAGUGGCAGGAAGUUAGCAAAACUUCAAAGAAUUGCUCGACAGGCAGUGGCUGCACUGUGCGCUCUUGGUGGCUUUAAGGAGACAAUUAAAAUAGGUUCUGAAGUUCAGGUUUUGGGUCGAGGAAUAGCAGGAAGCAUUGGUGUGGUAGCAUCUAUUAACGAACAGGAAGGUAUAGCAACAGUCAAAUUUCCUCCUACCAGUAUAGACGGUAGAAAGACUGCACAAGCAUCAGACACAUUAACUAUUCCAUUAUCUAGGCUCUGUGUUCCACGAUCUGAGGCAUUGCCUCUUCAUAAACUGUCCAUUACUGAGAAGGUAGUACAGGCAGUCCAGUCCAUGUUGCUUCCUCAGGAGGGAAGUCUAUCUAUUCAUACCUCACUUCCUGCAACAGGAGAUGGCUCAACUCCAGUAAUGGCAGUGGUCCGACUUCUUGCUGAAAUAAGAACAAGAGCAUGCCUGGUGAUGGCCCAGCUGUUAGAAGACAGCUCGUUCUGUGAAGAGUUCAUACAACAAUGUCCAGCUGCUGUCGAAGUUCUGAAUCUGGUGGCCCAGGAGUGUAGCCCUGGGGAGAGGCUUCUCGUUGUGGAAGUGCAAUGUGAAAGGCUGAGAAUGUUGUACCGAGAUUGUGCUCGUCCCCCACCCCCGCCACUCCAGGCAGACAGAAGACAGCCCAAGGAGAUUACAUGGAGCCCUUCAAGAGUGUUUCCACCUGUGCGAGCCUGCAUGUUUUCAUCACAUCUCACAGCGGUAACGUUCUUGGCUGACCCUAGCGCAGGUGGGGGACUGCCUCGUGGCACCUUUAUCUAUGCUACAUCACCAGUCCCAGUACAGGCUCCAUCAUUCUACUGGGAAAUUGAAGUAGUUUCCUAUGGAGAUACAGAUGAUGACACUGGUCCAAUCGUUUCAUUUGGGUUUGCCACUGAAGCAGAGAAGCGGGAUGGAGCUUGGACAAAUCCUGUUGGCACGUGUCUCUUCCACAACAAUGGACGAGCUGUGCAUUAUAAUGGAUCCAGCUUGUUACAGUGGAAGAGCGUUCGCCUAGAUGUGACGCUUUCUCCUGGUGAUGUAGCAGGGAUUGGCUGGGAGAGAACAGAAGGAACUCCUCCCCCUCCAGGGCAGCCAGCUAAAGGCAGAGUGUACUUCACAUAUUGUGGACAGAGACUUGGGCCAUAUCUGGAGGAUGUCUCGGGUGGAAUGUGGCCAGUUGUGCACAUUCAGAAAAAGAACACGAAAGUCCGGGCUAACUUUGGAUCUCGCCUGUUUGCCUAUGCUGAGGGACAAGCUCACAGAAAUGCUGCUGAUCUGUGCAUUGACCUUGCUGAAGAAAUCAGUGCCAACUUUGAGGCUUUGCCUUUUGCCAUGGCUUCCGAUAGUGAUAACGACGCUGGUACCAGCAUAGCGUCUGAUCCUGGGACACAUGGACCUCCUUGUAGAAUUGCUGCUGUUGCCACAGCUCAGCAACAAUAUGACAGUGACAAUUCUUGUCAUUAUAAAAUGGAACUUAGCUAUGAGAAUUUCAUUACGUCAGGACCUGAUCCCCAUCCCCCUCCGAUUGCUGAUGAUGAAAGCGAUGAUGACGAUGAUGAUGACAUCCCACGGGAGGAUCACUAUGCCUUGUUGGUGAAAGCCUGGGAAACUAAAGUUUUCCCUACCAUUAGAAGACGGUUUCGUAAUGAAGCUGAAAGGAAAUCUGGUUUGGACCAGAUUAAGGGUGCCUUACAGCUAGGCAUGGUGGAUAUAGCCCGACAGACAGUAGAAUUCCUUUAUGAGGAAAAUGGUGGUAUCCCAAGAGACCUCUAUCUUCCUACCAUUGAGGAUAUCAAAGAUGAAGCAAACAAAUUUACAAUUGAUAAAGUUCGGAAAGGUCUCACAGUGGUGACUCGCUCUCCAGACAGUAACAAUGUGGCCAGCAAUGCUGUUGGUACAGCUUUACCUAAAUUUGCCAUUCGUGGGAUGCUGAAAACAUUUGGUCUCCAUGGUGUUGUUCUGGAUGUUGAUUCAGUCAAUGAAUUGGUACAAGUGGAGACUUACCUCAGAAGUGAAGGCGUUCUGGUACGAUACUGGUAUCCUAUCGACAUGUUAGAAAGGCCACCUGCUGGUUAUCGGAGGACUGCAACAAAUGGCCUGGUUACUCUGGAUAAUACAAAUAUUCAAAUUCAUAGAGAGCUGUUGCGAUGUGAAGCUUCACUUGCCAAGCUGUACUGCCGCAUGGCUCUCCUGAAUAUCUUUGCCCCCAAAUCUCCACACAUGUUUACACGCCUUUUUCAUAUCCCUGCCAUCCGUGACAUCACACUGGAGCAUCUUCAGCUCUUGUCCAACCAACUUCUUGCCCCACCUCUCCCUGAUGGAACAAUCAGUUCGAGUUCAAUUCUUUUGGCCCAGUCCCUGCAACACUGCAUCCAUUCCCAGAACUGUUCUGCCACAGACCUGUUUUACCAGGGCAAUUCACAAGCCAUCCGGGAAUGGCUUACAGUCGCCAUCACCCGGACUUUGCAUCAAGGAGAGGAGAGUCUGUUAGAACUCACAAAACAAAUCUGUUCCUUCUUGCAGACUGCGCCAGAGCAGUUCCCUGCCGAAGAGUUUUCUAUUUCAGAAUCCAAAGUCAAUAUGGAUGUUAACUUUCCUGGGGCUGCUUUUGUAGUUGUGUCCUGCAAGGAGAGUCAGUCUGGAUUCCGCAAAGACUCCUCCCUAUAUAAGGCUCCCUGGGCUCGAGUGCUUGUUUAUGGUCUUGGUCAUAAAGUAAAACGGAAUGGCCAGUUAAACCUCAUUGAGGCAGUGUGUUACCCUCGGGAUGCCUCACCAACCAACACAGGCUUGACGCCUCCCCCAACAACCAACCAGUACCCUUCUGUGAUCAUCCCCACUGACAAAGUCCACAUCAAACUAGGGGUAUCUCCUCCUCCUGGAGCCAUGUUAGUCCUACAUUCUGUCCCCCUUGAAUUCCCACUGGCUAUGGCAUUUACUGAACAAGUCAUAACUUGGAAAUCAGAGGAUGGUGAUGGCAAAUCUGAAGAUGAACUGGAUACUAUUCCUGUGUCAGUUCUUCUACAAGUAGUGGAAUUUUUAGGAAACUUUCUCUGGACGACAGACAUGGCAGCUUGCAUGAAGGAACUAUUAUUUCAUCUCUUGGCUGAGUUGCUUCGCAAAAUUCACAGCCUGGAACAGAAAAAAAACCCAGCUGGGUUGUCUUCCUCCAUUGCACUUCAGCUGAACCCCUGCCUGGCUAUGCUGAUGGCUCUCCAGUCAGAACUGCACAAGUUAUAUGAUGAAGAAACGCAAAACUGGGUGUCUGGAAAUGCGUGCGGUGGUUCUGGCAUUGGGGUGGCUGACCAGGGGAGAUUUUCAACCUAUUUUCAUGCUCUGAUGGAAGUCUGCCUUGCUGUAGCAGAAGUGACUCUGCCAAUCAAUAUGAGCAUAACAGCUAGCGUGAUGUCCUCAACAAAUGCACCAAAUCUCAGCGACUCCUCUUCCUCGUCCUCCUCAUCUCCAGGGCAGACCCCACAGAGUCCAAGCCUCCUGUCAAAGAGGAAGAAAGUCAAAAUGAAGCGGGAAAAGACGUCGACUUCAGGUAAACGGACUUCAGCCCGAACUGCCGAAACUGACACCACGAUGCUCAGCAUAGGAGGAAGCAAACCUGAGGACAUGUUAUGGUUUCACAGGGCACUGACCCUGCUUAUAAUUCUCAGACACCUGACUAAAAAGGACCCCCAAGGGCUGGGUGUGACAAAUGAUGCUGUAGCUGAUGCUUGUCAGGCACUAGUGGGUCCAACAGCUCACAGUCGGUUACUGGUGAUUUCUGGAAUACCCACUCACUUGGAGGAGAGUACUGUCAGGAGUGCAAUCCAGAAGGCAUGUAAUGCACAUGGCGGGGUCUUCAGAGAUGAAAUCUACAUCCCUCUGCAGGAAGAGGACCCGAAAAAGGUCAAGGACAAAGCCGAAGGAGGAGAAUGUAGGACUGAGUUGGAAAAACCAACUGUGUCGAGUAGUGCCGACAGCUUGGAUAUCAGCAGUUCCAGCAGCGUCACUCCUGCAAUGAGCGUUAGUGCUUCUGCUUCCACAAGCCAGGCUUCUCUCUGCAGCUCGCAGGGCAUCUCUCGGACAAUUAGUGAUAUCUCUGUGGACCAGUUUCAAGGUGGUAUGGAGUUGGCCAUUCCACCAGGACUGCUAGAACCUCAUGUUGUUUCCAGCCAGGAAAGCUUAGACCUUUCGCUUUGCAGCACUGGAAGCCUUGGCAGCCUUGGCAGCCUGGGGGAACAGCUGGACAACGUAGAAACAGCAUCAGUGUCUGAUGUUGGAUCGAUGUACACAGUCACGUCACUGGACAACCAGCCGCUGAUGUCACGGCCCAUCAAGGGGUUUGCGGUAGUAGAGAUAAGGUCAAGAGCUAAAAUAGAGAAAAUCCGUGCCAGUUUAUUUAACAGCAGUGAUCUGAUUGGGUUGUCAAGCCUGGAUGGUGAAGAUGAACUAAUGGAAAUGUCAACUGAAGAGAUUUUAACAGUCUCUACUGUCAAUCAGAGUUUAUUUGAUACACAAGGGAGCCCAGCACUGGAAGACUAUUUCAAUGAUAAAUCAAUAAAAGGUGAGAAAUUGGUUCCAGGUGCUCGGGAAGUCCUCACAGAAAUCUUUAAAAGCUGUGUCCAUUCUGAGCAAAUGCUGAGCCUGACCCCGGCAAAACCCAUUAAAGUUGCUGAUAUUUAUCUUAGCAAAGAGCAAAUCAAUUCUCAGACCCCUGGAAACCUUCUCCACGUAUUCUUCAUGAAUGUCCGGCCCCCAAAGAAGGUGUUAGAGGACCAACUCACUCAGAUCUUAAGGAAGUAUGGUGUGCCCAAGCCAAAGUUUGACAAGAGCAAGUAUAACAAGGCAGGCAAAGAGCAACAUCCAGUGAAAGUCGUGAGCACCAAACGCCCAGUUACAAAGCCACCUACGAAGGAAAAGUCUGUGCUCAACAGUGUCAGCAGAACAGCGUUGAGUGAGAAGAAACCUACUGUGAAGCCAAAGUCUCCAGAAAAGAGCAAACCUGAGGAGAAGGAUCCUGAAAAGUCUCCCACAAAGAAACAGGAAGUCCCUGAAGAGAAGUAUCUGACGCUCGACGGAUUUCACAGAUUUGUUGUUGACCGCGCAAAACAGGACAUCCGGAGUGUCUGGCGAGCUAUUCUGUCCUGUGGAUAUGAUCUUCACUUCGAAAGAUGUGCCUGCAUUGAUGCCAGGCACGCGCAGAAAGCUUCCCGGAAGUGGACUUUGGAGAUGGAUGUAGCCCUUGUUCAGUACAUCAACCGCCUCUGCCGUCACCUUGCAAUCACCCCAGCACGACUGCACCCGCACGAAGUUUAUCUGGAUCCAGCUGACACAGCGGAUCCCAGGGUCUCGUGUCUGCUGAAUGUUCCCAUUGAAAGUCUGCGCCUGCGUUUUGCACUACUUCAGUCUCUGAACACCACGUUAGAGACCUUCUUCCUGCCACUGGUGGAGCUCCGACAGACCGAAAUGUACACGAACAGUAUCGCCGCGCUGCUGCAAGAGGCCAAAGGUUUAAUCUUUUAUGACACAAAGGUGACUGUAAUGAACCGUGUGCUGAAUGCUACAGUGCAAAGAACAGCAGACCAUGCAGCCCCAGAAAUCACCCUGGAUCCACUGGAGAUAGUGGGAGGUGAGAUCCGUUCUUCAGAAAACUCCUACUUCUGCCAGGCAGCUAGACAGCUCGCCUGCGUACCAUCCUCUCAACUGUGUGUCAAGCUGGCCAGUGGUGGGGAUCCCACCUACGCCUUUAACAUCCGCUUCACGGGCGAGGAGGUCCAUGGAACAAGUGGAUCUUUUCGUCACUUCCUGUGGCAAGUCUGCAAAGAGCUACAGAGCUCAUCUCUCUCCCUUCUCUUGCUGUGCCCCAGCUCUGCUGUCAACAAGAACAAGGGGAAGUAUAUUCUGACGCCCAGCCCCAUCACCUAUGCGGAAGAGCAGUUGCUUCACUUCUUUGGGCAGCUGCUGGGCAUUGCGAUUAGAGCAGAUGUUCCUCUCCCCCUGGACCUCCUGCCCUCAUUCUGGAAGACAUUGGUGGGUGCGCCGCUGGACCCUGAGGUGGAUCUCCAGGAAGCUGACGUCCUGACCUACAACUACGUCAAAAAGUUUGAAAAUAUAAAUGAUGAGACAGAACUGGAGGCCUUGUGUGCAGAAAUCGCAUCCCAGCAUCUAGCCACCGAGAGCCCCGAUUGCCCUAACAAGCCAUGCUGCAAAUUCACCUACCUGACCAUGACAAGCGAAGAGGUGGAGCUGUGCCCUCGAGGCAGGCACAUUCCUGUAGCGUGGGAGAACAAGGACGUGUAUGCAACGGCCAUCCGGAACCUGCGGGUGCACGAGCUGCAGAAUCCAGACUGCAUGACGGCCGUGCGUGCUGGGCUUGGCUCCAUUAUCCCUCUGCAGCUUCUCACUACGCUGACACCUCUCGAGAUGGAACUGAGGACCUGCGGGCUACCAUACAUCAACCUGGAGUUCCUAAAGGCACAUACCAUGUACCAGGUGGGGCUGAUGGAAACAGACCAACACAUUGAGUUUUUCUGGGGGGCAUUAGAGAUGUUUACUCAGGAAGAACUCUGCAAAUUCAUCAAAUUUGCCUGCAACCAAGAGCGAAUCCCCUUCACAUGUCCAUGCAAAGAUGGAGGGCCUGACACUGCACAUGUCCCGCCCUACCCCAUGAAGAUUGCACCACCGGAUGGAGCUGCAGGGUCUCCGGACUCUCGAUAUAUCCGCGUUGAAACGUGCAUGUUCAUGAUAAAACUCCCUCAGUACUCCUCUCUGGACAUAAUGCUGGAAAAGCUACGGUAUGCCAUUCACUACCGGGAGGAUCCGCUUAGCGGCUGAGUUGAGUAAGACCAAGACUAAGAAUGACUCCUUGGAGGAUUGUUUCGGGACUCUGCUGUGUUGGAAACCCUUCGAUUCACAUGCAAAUACCUCCUGUGACACUAUGUGAAGAAUUGGAGGCUAAUUUAUUUUCUGAACUUUUGUUCCCAUUACAGUAAUUACUGGAAGACUUACAUUUUUUGUAUUUGUAGAUUUUGUGGUGGACUCGUUAUUUUGCUGCCUUGUUUGUGGAAUAUUUGUAGGAUAGUUUAGUAAUGACCAGUUUGUUGUAUAAUUUAAUUUAAAAAAACAAACCUUUAAACAUGUACAUUUCUAAUUUUGUAAUUUAAAUUGUGUUGCCCUUGCGAACACAACAAACUUGAGCACUCUGAGGUCGCGAGAGCUCAGAUGUAAAUGUCUGCGAAUCUUUCUGCCCUGAAACAUUUCUGAGUACAAGAACAGGAUUAACUGAAGAGAAGCAGCUGCCUCCUUUCCACAACGUUGGAACAUUACCUCUCGUUUCCAGGUUUCGAGGGUUUGCUUUCUGAAGUGGAUAGAGGCAACGUUUAGCCUUCUCUUGGGUUAUGCCAUUUGGUAACAGGUUUUCUGUUGCCAAUGUUUACAUUUUGCAAAAAGUUCUUAAGUCUGUUUCGGUAGAACCCAAAGUCAUUGGCAUCCCCUCCACAACUGACGUAGUCUUCUUUUGAAACAUUCCUCUUCCAAAACGCAGGACAGUGGAAGGACCAUGAGGUCCCUAACCAAGAUGUUCUUGCCUUUAUAUUCAACCACUUAACGCACGAAUUUCUUCAGUGAUCCUUAAUUCUCUGUGGCAUUAUGGAAGGAUGUAACUUUCUCCGCAGCCUUUCCCUGUAAUCAGAACCUGAGUUGCAGGCCCCCCAUUUUGUUUUUGUAUUCAGAAAUGUUGUAGCUAAAAUAAAUUAUCCUAAAAAAUGUGACACAGAACGGGGUGGGCUAGGGUGGGAACGGGAGGCACAAAGGUGCUGGUUUGAAGAAUAGAGCUUCUAUUUUAUAUGGAAAGAUAAAGGCAAAGAGAGGUAACGAUCCUUUAUGUUAAACCAUUGUAUGUAUCAUACGUUGUGAAAUACGUUCUGCAGUGGUAAAGAACAGCACACGUAUCUUCCUUUACUAAUGCAAAAAACUUUGCCCUGUGCCAGGUGCAUUUAGAAACAAAGUGACACUUGGUUCCACCAUUUUGAACUGGACUCCAAUGAACAAGCUGGAGAACCGGAGAGGACAUUGACGUGACUGCUGUCCUGAGCUCCGUACUACUGUCCGUUAAGUGCCAGUACUGAGCUUCGCGUUAGUUAUUUCCUUCAGGUGCGUCCGGUGCACAUCUAACCACAUCGAGAUCCGUGACUGUGUGCGUGACUGUACUUUAAGGUGGUUAAUAUACAUGUCUCGUUAGAAGACAGACUACACUCGUUGUUUGGCUUGUCCGUGGUCAUGGGAAUUGAAAUGCUGUAUUUAUUGUAUAUUAUUGUGAAUAGUGGGAGUGACGAGCGUGUGGUGACUGGAGGGUACUGUGUGCAAACAAGGAGAGCCCUAAAAGCAUCUUUUCCUGUUGUUCUGUGAGUGAGUGGACAGGUGUGUGAGAGAGACCCUGUUGUAGAAGUAGUUGUUGGCAUACAAAGGCUCCAGAUCCUAUUGUUAGAAAAACCGCGUUUCCAUUUUAUAACACAUCUCCCUCCCCAAGAAACAGUUCCCCGUAGGAAUAAUAUUUACUCUUGAAUUUUGUCCACUUUCUGAUAGAAGCAUAUAUGUAGCUGAAAUAUCAUUCAGAGCAAGGGCAAACACAUGUAGAGUUUACAGAGACCAAGGGAAGACAAAGCAAAAGAAAUUGCUUGAAACAACUGAAUUCCAGUCCAAAAAGUCAAACUUGCCGAGUAGGAGGAAUGUGAAGAAUGUCUUUGGAGCUUCACAGAAGCUGCUGGUGAUGAGAUGGUUUGGUUUUCUUUUGAACACUGGUUUUGUAUGGGUUUCAUGGCUCUCUUCUCUUUUCAAGACCUUAACCUAGCAGGCGUAAAACUUUGUCAAAUACCUCACGGUGAGGGGUGUGAGAACUCCCUAUUCCAAUCCUUUCCUAGGAUCUGAUCCCAGCUGUGAGUAAGACAACUGCUGCUAACAUUUCUUCUCCUUCCAGAGAGCACAUCUGGGUAAAACAUACCCCAUCUUGGCCCUGAAAGCGUGUGCUGUAGUUAUUUGAUACGUAUUUAUUACGAUUAUUUAUGGUUGCAAGUAACAAAUUUUUCCUCUGCUCUUUACACCCCGUUUGUGUAAGUGAAGCUCGUUACUACAGGAAAAAAAACAUGUGAUGACAAUAAUCCAGAGCCAUCUACUUCUGCUGUACUUGGAGAGUGGUGUGAUCCCUUGGGAAAGAGUCGGUGUAAAGAAUGUUCCUGGAGUGACGCGCUGCAGUGGUUUGGACUGUAGCCCAAUGGCCUUGAAUUAAAGCUUUUUCUAACCAUCAUCACUUUCCUGCGCUUUGAAUGAACUGAACGUUAUCUGUAGUAAGCUUGUCCUUCAAAGCCAGCCUUGGUGUGUGUGUGUUCAUUUAUUCGGGUACUCAUUCAGAAUGUAAAAUUACACUAAACAAUGGAAAAUGCAGAAGUCGGGUAUUAGUUCUAGUCUGUCGUGUCCAUCUCGGUACCUUGCACAGCAUUAACCUGUUAAGUGCUCUUGGCCAUACAGUGUACACUUGCAUAAAAGAAGAUUAACAUCCCUCGAGAUGUAUUCUGUGUCCUUAUUAAUUGGGGCUGGAAACGAACACCCCUCUCUUGCCGUUGAAACGGCAUCCAUCCAGAGAGCUAACCUACUAGGAGCCAGGUGCAGGCUACUUGCUUUGAAUCCCGCACUGAUGGGUUAAGACAUUGUAAUUCUUUGUAUUUACUUGCAACAGAUGUAAAUAUUUUGUACAAAAGGGAAACAGCAAGUAAAAUGAUCGCUCCCAUUUCUCUUGCACGAGAAAUGGUGCACACAACCCAAAGCUGUCAGCUGAGCAACUGUACUUAAUUUAUUCUAUUUUCACACUAAGAGUUUCUCAGAUGAGGUAUCCUCUUGACCCUCAGAAAAGCAGCACAGCCCUAGCUUUCCCACUCAACUUGCUGUAGCGUUUUUCCCCAGGAAAUACCAUUGCAAAGUUGAUCGCCAUUUGUUUAAUACCUUUAUUCUGAUUUUUUUUCUUGUAUUUAAUAAAUGCUUACAUUUGGUGGAAGCGUC